UUUUAUUACAGCUAGUGUUCAUUUUGUGUGAUUUAAAAUGAUUGUAAUUCAGAAUGUGGGGCAUCGAUCCCCGGCGAGGAUAAAGAGGCGGUGGGCGAGCGGGGUUAAGUGGGGUUUCCUCCUGGGCCUGAUGGUGCUGAUCUACGGCUCUCAUGCACCGCUUAUCGCUCUCACCAAAGUAGACGGUCAAGUCCCAUUCAGCGCCUCCUCCUGCGUCCUCAUGAUUGAGUUUGCCAAACUGCUCAUUUCCUCUCUGAGCCUGGCUCUCACAGGCUCCACGUCGGCCCUGCGAUCUCCUCCACGCCUGCUCCUGGUGGCCCCCUACGCCGUCCCCGCUGUGCUUUACACCUUAAACAACAACCUGGUAGUUGUCAUGCAGGCGUACAUGGAUCCCAGCUCAUUCCAAAUACUCUCUAAUCUCAAAAUAGCUUCCACGGCGCUGCUGUACUCCGUCUGUCUGGGGAAGAGGCUGCGGUCCGCUCAGUGGGUCGCCUUGGGGCUCCUCAUGGCUGCAGGGGGCUUCCACAGCUACAGCAGCCUGGAUCUACAGGGUCCUGAAGUCCAUGAGGGUCCCAGGCUCCACAUCACCGCUUGGGGGCUUUUUCUUGUGCUGGUUUACUGCGGCGUUUCAGGACUGGCUGCAGUUUACACAGAGAGGAUGCUGAAGAGCCAGAAGCUGCCCCUAAGCGUUCAGAAUCUCUACCUCUAUAUGUUUGGAGUGGCGAUCAACGGACUGACCUCUCUCUCCUCCUUAAGGGGCGACCGGAGGUUUCUGGAGGGCUACUCUGGGCUGGUGUGGCUUAUCAUCGCAGGGCAGGCAGCAAACGGACUUCUGAUGUCUGUGGUGCUCAAACACGGCAGCGGGAUCACCAGACUGUUUGUCAUUUCCUCCUCCAUGCUGGUUAAUGCGCUGCUAUCCUGGGCCAUCUUGGGCUUACAGCUCACCCCUUUGUUCCCUCUACCCUGUGCUCUGAUUGGACUGGCAGCUUACCUUUAUUACAGAUAAGAGAGGCUUCAGAGGAGCUCCGAACAAAGGCUUCCUGUUGUGGUCCUUCGCAUUUGAGAUUCUUUUAAGGGUGCAGAAGUAUUCAUAGCUCUCAUUUUGUCACAUUAAACUUCAACGAAUUAAGUGUGAGAAACCAGAACAGUAGUGCAGAGAUGUGAAGUAAGCAGAAAAUGAAACCUGGUUUUCAAAAUAGUUUUACAAAACCU